UCAGGCUCUCCCUCGCUCCUCUUGGGCUCAAACAAGAAGUGGAGCAGCAGAGACAAGAGGACUGAUUGAUGAGGCCGCAAAGCCUGGCUGCCUGCCUGCUUCUUUCCCCCACUCCAUUAAUCCACCACCAUUAAUAUUUCUUGCGCUAGCUGCUUGCGAUCUGCGAGCACUCGCACUCGCAGCUGCUGCAACAAAAGAAGAAGACGGGGAGGGAGGGAGGAUGCGGGAGAUCUGGAGCAGCUUCGGCCUCUGGAUGCUGCUGCUGAUGCUGGAAGCUGUUUCCCCUGCAAAGAUCCACGGGAACCCCGCGAACGACCUGGUGGCGCUGGUGAACGCCAACCGGACGGCGACCAAGCUGCCUCAUCUGCGCACCAGCGCUGGCCUUGGCUGCAUGGCGCUGCAGUACAUCUCCGACUGCAUUGGCAUUGGCAUUGGGUGCGCCGGUGACAACACGGUGGCGUGCCAGCCCCCCGAGGCCCACAUCACCGAGGUGUACGCCGCCAACUGCGGCGUCGAGCUCCCCACGGUGGACGUCAUCACGGGCCGCCUCCUCGGCUGCCACCGCCAGCGCUCCGACGCGGAGGCCGCGCUGGAGGCCGUGCUCUCCGGCUCCGGCAACAGCACCGCCGCUAGAGCGGUCAUCCGCGGCAAGGAGCACACCCAGGUGGGCGCCGGGUUCGACCGCGCGCACCGCCGCGGGCCCUUCUUCUGGUGCCUCCUCUUCAGCAGCGGCAGCGCCAACUCCACCUUCCUGCUCGAGGCCGCCGGCAAGGGCGUCCACCAGUCUCACGGCUGCUUCAGCGUCCCUGACAACACUAGUCUCUCUCUCUCCUGCAGCAGCGCCGCCGCCGCUGCUGUGCCUUUGCUCUUCUUCAUCCUCCUCCUCCUCCCAGUACUACAAGUUUAUUAUUAGUACUUACCGGUGUAUCUCAGUGCCUGCCGGUCUCGUUCCUUUUUCUGAUUCCGAUUAAGAUACAUAUUUUAUUUUGAUUUGUGUUAGCAUUUUUUUAAUUAUUAAAUGUAUGCUUAGUAAGAAAAUGGUUUUUUUCUAAAAUAUCAAAUAAACCUAUUUUCUAAUUAAAUAAAUCGAAUCCUGAGGGGUUUGUCAAAAAAAAACCGAUUCUAGCAAAAAAAACGAGAAACUCCAUCCAAUCGUUUGUGGGCCAUACUAAUGAAUACGGAGGGUAGUAGCAGUGGAUAUAGAGGGCAACGACCUCCCCCGUUUACACGCCCAAACCUUAUCUCUUCCCAAGCAGGGGCGGGCCCAGCUAUAAUUCAAGGGUAUUCAGAUGUAUACCCUAAACCCUAUACCCAAGAUUUUUAGACAAAAAAUAGGUAUAUAUACUCUAUAGUUCAUAUAUGUAUUCAAAAAGUUAAAGAAAAAGACUUAAACUACUCAUUUGGGCCUCGUUUUGCCAUUUCUUUCUCUAUUGGGUCUAAAUUUUCCACCUUCCUCCCCCUUUCACUCGGCCCGUAGUCUACUUGGGCCGCAACUAAGACCAUUUCGAAGCCAAACUCACCUGCCAGGCAGCUAACCCAAAAUCCCCAAUUCCCAAAUUCCCUAACCUAACCCUAGCUUUGCAAGGAGACGGGCGGCGGGGGGCGCUGCGUGCGGCGUGCGGUGCGGCGGCGGGCGCGGUGUACGGCGGCGGCGAGCCGGCGACCGCGGGGCAGCCAGCCAGGCAGGGGCGGCUGCCGGCUGGACGCACUGGCGCAGCAUCUCCUAGGGUGGCGGCGGAGCGGGCGCACGGCCGUGGAGGCGUCGACGCAGGAAGAGGACCACUCGGCUUGGCGCCAGGGCGCGGGGCAGCGGCUGACUCGUGAGGCAGCGGCGCGGCGCGGCCUGCGGCGACAGCGGCAUUGCGGCGCGACGCGCGGCCUGCUGCGACAGCGGCAGUGCGGCCAUGGACGACAAGCUCUACCCGCCUCGAGGCCCAGCGCGAAGAAAUCAAGUCCCGAGCCCCGAGGUAACGACCGCACCCCCCGGCGAUCCUUCCUCCUGGUUUGGUUUAAUCCCUAGCUCCUGUCUCAUGUGAAUCCCCUCGGUACUUAGGUUUUGCAUCAAGAUUUCAGUUUCGCAUGAUUUUCUAUGUUUAGCAUCCAUGUGUUCCUGAUCCUGAUGUUGGAUGAACUAGUAAUGGGCUAACAACCUUUUUUUAAUUGAGAUUACUAGCGACUUAGCAAACAUAUUUCUGUGCAUCAUAUAUGCUAAUUUGUGCUUUGUAUCAUAAUGUAUGAACUUGAGAAGCAAGAUAGGGCAACAAUAGUUGAAUGAUUGUUUAGUUACAUUCAUUGAAAGAGAAUUUUUCUUGCAAAUUAAAGACAAGGACAUCAUCACUUAUUUCCAAAAUAUCAAACAACGAAAAGUUGAUCUCCAAACUGUAAGAUUUCUUCCCAAUUUAUCAUUUUCUACCCUUUAUGUAUUUCAUAUGUUGGCACUUUGAUAUGUUUACUAAUUAGUAUUCUAUAUGUUAAACAAUUUCAAAUGAUGAUCAAUUCUAUCAAUGUGUGAAUUUAUGCUCAAUUUUAUGCUAUAUACGCUAUAUAUUAUAUAAUUAUUAGUUUGUGAUACUAUACAAGCCAAUUAGCCAAUUAUUAGGUUUUUAGGUCUAUGAACAAAUUUUUUUUACCCCUUUCUAUUUCGAAUACACAAGUUUAAAAUCCUGGGCCCGCCACUGUUCCCAAGCCUCUCGCAUCUCUCUCUCGUUCUCUCGCGGCGGCGUCCAGAUGUGGAACCUCGCCGAUCCUCCUGCCCCUUCCACCCCUCUCCCCCUCCCUCCUGCAGUCCUGCUCCACCCCUCACUCUCCUCUAGCCGUGAUUUUCUGCGUCCGAUGCGGCGGCUGGGAUGUGGCGGCUGAGGCAAAGGUUUGCGGGGAAGCAGGUCCAUUGAAGCCGACGGUGGCGUCGGAUGGAUGCAGCGGCAGCGAAGACAGUGGCAUGCUGUUUUCAUGGAGAAGGUGGAGGUGACUGCUGGAUGCGGUGCCGUUGGGGAUCUGAUGCAGAUUUCCUUUUUUUUCUCUAUUCUUGGUUCUUCUAUGUUCUUGGUACUUGCUAGUUCAUACAGGUGAAUUAAAAUCAUUUAUUUUUUUCCCUGAUUGGAGGGAUGCUAUCUUUUCUCUGACAAAUGUAAAAAUUAGUUCUUUCAUCUGAAUUGAGAGCAAUUCUUUUUUUUUUCA